AUGGACUUCUUCCUGGGCCUUCUUUCUCUGCUAGAUGCCUGCUAUACUGUGGUCAUCACCCCUCCGCUCCUGGCCACACUGACCACAAGCAAAAUGGUCAUCUCCUAUUUCCAAUGUGCACCCAAGUUCUUUUUCUUCACCAUCUUCACUGUCAGUUCACUCUUCCUGCUCGCUGUGAUGGCCUAUGACUGCUUUGUUGCCAUUAGCAGUCCACUGAGCUAUAACGUGGUGAUGUCUCCAGACAUCUGUAUGGGCUUGUUGGCCAGGGCCUACGUCUAUGGGUUAUCAGGGGCCAUCCUGCGUACCAUGUGCACAUUUACCCUCUCCUUCUGUGAUGACAAUCAAAUCAACUUCUUCUGCCAUCUCCCACCCCUGCUAAAGCUUGCCUCCCACAGCAUGACACAAAGUGAGACUGUCAUCCUCUUUCCUGCCAAACGCAUGUUCCUGGCCAAUGGCACGAUCAUCCUGGUCUCUUACAGGCUCAUCAUCAGAACUCUCAUUCUGAGAAUGAGGUCUCCUGGUGGGAAAGCCAAGACCUUCUCCACCUGCACCUCCUAUCUCACUGCUUUUGUUCUCUUCCCUGGGACACUUGCCUUCAUGUGCCAGAGAAGUAACUCAGACAAAAUCCCAAGAGGAGAGCAAGAUUGUGUCUUUUACACUGUGGUCAUCCCUAUGCUCAACACUUUGACCUACAGUCUGAGGAACAAAGACAUAAAAGGCGCAAUCAGAGAAGUCAUUUGUAAAAUUCAGUUCCCAACGGAUGCAGCUUCAAUAAGGUCCUUCAUCCUCACCCACAUUCUCCCCAGAGAGAUAAGCAUCAGUAGCAUCAAUGCCAUAUGA